AUGGAAUUGCUGGAAGCAUUCGAUCCUGGUGAGGGAGUCGAAAACGACGUUGCGGAGAACGUCGUCGCGGUGGAAACAGAGCGAUACGAAAUCGACCUUGGGAGCAUGAAUCAGUCUCCCAUUGGCUUACCGGCGAGCUCUGUGCCGCUACCUUUACACUGUUUACUAACUCCAUAUUCUUCUUCGCUCGCUGAUUUUCUUCUGCCAGAUUCAAUCCUGUUUCAUGUAGUUCGCGCGGAAGAAAGAACCUGUGUAGACGAUGGAAGAAAAGAAAGGACUGAAAUUACAGUGCCGAAGCAAAGCCUUAACCCAGUCGGGGUAUCAAAGGGAGAGAGAGUGAGUAACCGAGGCUUUCGUAGGUUUGUGAACUAUACUUCUACCAUGGCCAACAAAUCUCAAGAAGAGCCCAAGACUGCUCCUGAGCCUGAUCGGUGGUACAAUCUCACCCUUGGACCUUCCUUCAAAGAUGAAUCUUCUAACAAAUACUGCACUCUACGGUAUGAAUUUAAGCCAGCUUCAGUUGAUAAGAGUAAGGCAGGAUUGCUACGCAAGACCAAAGAGAACAGGGUUUCUGUUGAAUUUCAGAACAAUCAAAUAGGAAAGCCCAAGGUGACAUUUGAAGGGAAUAGUGAGGAAUACAAGGAAAAUGAUGCUGUGUUGUUCUUUGAUGGUGAGACACUUCGAUUGGAGCGACUUCAUAGGGCUGUAAAGCAACUAAGGCACCUACGAAUGCCGGGUGAAUCUGCAGGUGCUGCAGCUACAUCUGCAGUUGUGGCUGCCCCAUCUGGACCAGCUUUGGAUCCUCGAUCAUCCCCCGUUGGGAAGUCUGUAAAGCCAGCAUCUCUUGGCCGGAGCUCAUUUCAGGCUGUGCCAGUUGAGGUGGAGCGUAUUGAUAUUGGUGAACCUGAGAAUACUGGCAUCAAAUCUGGUACUAAGAGGCCAUAUGAUUGUCUAAAUGAACUGCCCAUACCAGAUGCGAAAAACGAAGUCGAGGAACAUCAAGAUAUAGAUAUUACGGACCUUUUUGGCUCCGAGUCACCUGAGGAUGACAAUAAAGUUGAAGAAAAAGAUAAUGUUGGAUUUGACAUGAAUGUUCCACAGACGGAUGAGGAUAUGGUCGUUGUGGAUGAUAGCGGUGAUGAGGUGGACAGAGGACCCAAUGCUGCAGAAGCUCCGGAAUCCCAGGUGAAUGCCGAGGGGAGGGAUGAGCAGACAUCUUCUUCUAGCAGUAGCAGUGGAAGUGGCAGUAGUGAAAGCGGCAGUGGAAGUGGUAGUGGCAGUAGCAGCAGUAGUGAUAGUGAAGGCAGUGAUGAAGUCUCGGUUCAUUCCAUCUGA